AACCAACCCUCCCAAUUUCCUCCAUUGUUAACCAAAAAAGCUUCCAUUCACCUCCAUUUCUACACCAAAUCCAUCAAAUAAAAUCAUUUUCUUCAUCUCCUCCACCCCCUCUUCCAUUUUCUACCCACAAAACCCACCCAAAUCCAUCCCCAAAAGAAAUCCGAAACCCUAACCCCAAUACCCCAAAAGUUCCGAUUUUUGCCCUAAAAAUCCCAAGAAAUCCCAAUUUCUUCUCCUAAUAAUCAUCCCCUCCACUCUCACAAACCCAAAAUACCCAAAACCCACCAAAAAUCCAAAGUUCCAAACCCCCCAACACCCAAGUCCGAAAAUACCAAGUAAAAAAUCCAAAAAAAAAAAAAAAACUACUUCAUGGCUCCUAAAAAGUCCAAAGCAUCUUCUUCAAGGGGUAACCAAGAGAUUGCACCCGUUCCCGGUUUUGAGAGUGUGAAGUUUAACACCGAGGUCCACAAAAAGCGCUUCAUAGAGCAAAUCAAACGGGAGGUAAAACAAUCCCGUUUUAUAUGCAUUACUACGCUAUUGUCAUUCAUGCUUGAUGCGAUUAUGCGUGAGAUUUUCACCAACAUUGGGAUGCUUAGGAUUUUUGAGAUGCAAUAUGUUACCUAUCCACAUUUGGUGUAUGAAUUCUUUAGCUCAUUUAAGCAAAUAGCAAAUGUUGAUGAUCAUGCUGAAAGUAGAAUCACAUUUCGUUUGUUGAAUGAGAACCGUUCAUUGACCAAGCGGGAGUUUGCCCAACACUUUGGUCUCCCCUUGUUCAAUGAAGAACGUGAACAUGACACUUUUGUGGGUGUGGAAAUGUGGCAAAGGAUGACAGGGCAGGUGGAUGUGGAGCUUAGACACCUUAGUGUGAAUCGUGUACAACAUCCGGUCUUCCGAAUUUUCUUGAAAUUUUUGUCAAACUGUUUUCUCGGAAGACCAAAUAACCAUCACACAAGGGUCUGGGAUGUUUGUAUUCUUGGACAAGCUGUUUUACCAGGUCCGGAUCACGUGGAUGUUGCCUCCAUUCUAUGGGAUCACUUCAAAACAGUGGCAACUUCCACGGGAACUAUUAGAGUAGGGGGCUUGAUUACACAUUUAGCCACACUCUAUGGCUUUGUAGACCCAGGCCCCAUUACCUCAGCACAGCUUGUUUGCACAUCAUGGCUCCUGAAAAAUACCAAAGAUAUUGUCUUUUCUCAUAAAACACCCGGUGGGGUAGAUAUCUACAAUUGGUUAAUUGAUCCACCACAUCCUAUUUACACACAAAUACCCUCAGCCGACCUCCCUUUGGACCUUUUGAAUCACCAAAUUGGUGAUGGACACCACUAUUGUCUCCCUGGGAGAAUACCACUCCACUACCAACAAGAACAACCCCAACAAGAUCAGCCUGCGCAUGAACCACCACCCCUCAUUCCUGAACAACCUCAACCAACACCCAAUGCUCACCAAUAUUCACCAUUUGAGCAAGAAAUGCUAAAUAGCAUGAAUGCUCUAAACCUUAACUACACUCAACUUCGGGAGGAAGUUGUUUCGUAUAGAACUGAGCAAAGACAGAGCUAUGAGAGGAUCGAGGAGCAACGGCAAGCGGACUGGCGGAGAUACGAAGAAGACCGGCGGAGAGAUCAGGAGGACCAAAGGAGGACUUUUGGCCCUAUCUACUCCUAUGUAGCACAUCAGGGUGCCUUUGCCGCUAUGACUACUCCUCCUCCGGCACCCUCAUGGUAUAACCCCACUGAAUGGGGUUAUUUUGGCGGUUCGAGCUCUAGUGGUGGAGGCGGGGACGACGGAUACGGUGGUGAUCGCAUGGAUGAGGAUGCACACUUUGGGGGCUACCAGGGCCAUGGAGGAUUCUAUGAUGGCGGAGAUGCAGGCGGGCACUAGGGACUGUGCCAUGGACUAGCGGUGGGGGAGAUCUGUCCGGAUCCUAAGGGUGGUUACUAAAGGAAGUUCAUUGCAUGAGGAAAAAGAAAUUGAAGACCCCUUGAUGUAUUCUUUUUAUGUUGGGGAUACUUUGUGAUUAUCUUGGUUCUAAGAACACUUUGUGAUGGAUGAUGAUCUUAUCAUUUGAGGAUUUUUUUUUUUUUGGAUUGCAUUUACUCGAGACGAGUAAAGAUUCAAGUGUGGGGGUAUUUGAUAUGCACUAGUUUGUAGUGCAUAAAUGUAUGUUUUUAUAUUUAUUCUGUGUGGAUUGUUUACCGUUUUUAGUUAGUUUUUAAGCAAUCAUCUUCAUUUGUUUGUAAUUGAUUUUAAUCAUUUUUAGUAAGUUGUAAAGUAGUAGUAGAGUUAUUGGCAAGGAAAAGAAGUGAAAAGAAGAAGAAAAAUACCCAGGUGC